GUGUGUGUGCAAUGUUUUGAAAUCUUCGGAAAAUCAUCAGCUGGCCAUAAACUUCCACGAAUACGAGCAAUAAGCGCUAUCUACUGCAAAAGCAGAUACACCGUCCCAGCGCAGGCAUUACACCACUCGAGAGACAAAUUGUUGGAGCAUCCAGCACUUUUAUCGAGCCGAAUACUUGGUACAUUUUGCAGCCCAUCACACGGCAUUUGACGAUUUAUCGAAGGGAUUGCUUUCUCCAUUGCGAUUGCCGCCGAAUCGAGCCAUUACCAUUAGCCGCGAUUGAUAGUGAACGAUACUGUACUACAGUAGUCUGACUGUUGGGCGGAAAUUGCAGAUACUGGACGACGUGGACGCCAGUUACGCAACUGUGCGUUCCUGCAUAAUCACGCUGCAUUCUUGCCAGGAUUGUCUAGACAGGAGCUGCGCCCAGUGAAGAGCGGAGAGAUGGCUGACGAGAAUUUGGUGCAGAGGGUGAACGUCCACACCAGCCACUGCGGCGAUGUGUCGGUGCACAUUCUGGGCGACUACAAGAACAUCAGCCAGAAGGCCGUCUUCAUCACCGUGCACGACUUUGGAGCCAAUGCGACGAGCUUCGACCGCUUCAUCAACCACGAGUCCAUGACGGAAGUGCGCGCCAAGUCGGUGUGGAUCAACUUCGAAGUGCCGGGCCAGAGCCCCAACGCGCCGGAUCUGCCGCACGAUUUCAAGUUUCCGUCGCUGCAGGAAAUCGGCGAAGAUCUCGUCGAGGUCCUUAAUCAGCUGCACGUCCAGUAUGUGGUGGGAUUCGGAGAGGGCGCCGGUGCCAACAUUCUGACGCGCUUCGCCAUGACGUAUCCGACGCGCGUUCUGGGCCUGUUGGCCAUCCACCCGACCGCCACCUCGGCCGGCUUCAAGGAAUGGGUCAAGGACAAGAUGAUGAGUUGGAAGAUGAAGAACGCCAAUCCGAGCGCGGAGGACUACCUGGUCAUGUACAAGUUCGGCAAUAAUAAAGCCUUCGACGAGCAAAUGGAGCGGUCGGAAGUGGAGAACCGGGAGAACAUGAUCCAGCAGUACCUCAGCGACAUCCGCGGCAACACCAACUUCAAGAACCUCCACGCUUAUAUGGACGCAUUUCUCAACCGAAAUGACCUGACCAAUCAGCUUAGGGAACGACUGACGUGCGAUACGAUGAUCGUCUGCGGUACCAAGUCUUCAUUCCAGCACACCGUGGUGACCAUGUACUCCCACCUGAACCCGCAAAAGUCCAGCCUCCUCAAGAUCGACAACGUCGCCGACGUCCUCAUCGAAGCGCCGGAACAACUGGCCCGCGGACUGAUCCUCUUCUGCAAGGGCCUGGGCCUGCUGACCUCGGUGUCGACGCCGGCGGAGCGCGCGCGCUCGCUGUCGCAAGGCAUGGACGGAGCGCCGCGCCGGCGCAUGUCCAUGCAGGAGGCCGACGUGCCGCGCCGGCUCUCCACCUCCCGUCCGCCGGAGAUCCACUAGCCGCUCCGUUAGCGCUCGCGGCCACCGGCAACGGGUUCUUCGUGGGCCCUCCGACCGACGGGGAUUGGACUCUUGCGAUGUUUGUUCCAUUUAGAUUUACACUUGGUGUGCUUGUGGUUGUGGUUACUUUCUUUCUCCAUGUCAUAGUCCACGUGUACUCGUAUCAUGUACAGGAUAAUAUUUACUUCCGGCAGCUGAUUGAUUCUUCGCUGUUGAAGCUGCAUUUAGAUUCCAGUCGAUGCUGUAUUGCUGUUCACUUGUUGCUUUAAUGUCACUGUUCCGCGGCGCAUUCGCUGAAUGUUCACGCCGGAGCGGUCUCUAAUAAUCGCGCUGUUCUUCACUGCACGUCUUCGGGAAAUUAUACGCUUGGGAUUGGUAGUGUUAACUGCGAGCUGCGAGUGUAAAAGAGUGCACGACCAAUUACGGGUAGUGUGAUAUUAUUACAGCAGCCGUCACCGCGU